UAGAGAAUUUUACGGGAGACACGAGUCCUAGUAGUAGUUCCCAUAACAGCUUCAAAGUUUAGAAGUCAAUUCCAAUGAAAUAUAUUCAGAGACGCCAAAGUACGACAAAAUAGAAUCAUCGAGUGAGUUUGACGAAGCGUGGCUUCCGAGACAGGCAUGGUGUGAUAGAAAUAAUCAGAGGAAUGCCUAGAUCCUACCGUAGAGCUAGAGAUCAACGAGCACAAAUCUAAAAGGAAUCAUUGCGUUGCCAGGAAGUCCGCCAUUUUCUCCACAAGCCUCACUCUGAAGUAGUCACGUGUCUACCAUGUAACGUCUCGAGGGACUGGCGUGAAGUAAAAAGCCAGUGAAGGGGCUCAGCCGACGGGUGAGUCGCAGCGAGUUCAAGUCGAAUUUACUGGCUGUAACUUGCAAGCAGGUAACAAGUUGGAAGACAGCCUGAACUUCAACAGUUUGUCACCACAAAUCCUGUACAGCAGUUUCAAAAAGAGAGCAAGUCUCAUCUUAUAAAAUGUGGAUUGUGGUGGGUCGUCAGAAGGCGCUUCUUCUGUCAUGUCUCGUUUUGGUCGUGGUAGACGCUGACCGCAGCAGUAGAGAACAGCACCGCACCAAGAGAUCUGAGGAGUCAUGUGCUGUAAAAUAUCAGGUCAUGGAAAAUCAUACGGCAUGUCUCCCGAGAUCGAAGAAUAACCCAGGCGUCAGCGAGGCCGACAAAAAAAUUAUAGUGGACAUGCAUAAUGAGAAACGAUCAUCGGUCAAUCCUGAAGCCACCAACAUGCUUCGAAUGAGCUGGGAUGACGAAGUGGCCAUGAUUGCGCAGAAAUGGGCGGACAACUGUGAUACGAACCAUGAGAAGAACAAUCUUCAGCGAGUUGUACCAGGUCGUUUCAGUGUCGGACAAAAUAUUGCCACGGGUGCUCAGAACUGGUCGCAUGCUAUCAAUAUGUGGCAUGAGGAGGUUAAGGAUUUCGAGUAUGGAAAUAAAGAAAAUAUGCAGUUUUUCCUCAAAAUCGGCCACUACACGCAGAUGGUGUGGGCAGAGACAAACAAGAUUGGUUGUGGAUUUAGUGUGUGCAACGGACAGAAUUUCCAUGUGUGCAACUAUGCCCCAUCGGGUAAUUUGCAAGGCUCUGUCCACGUGCCCUACAAGAGCGGUCCCAGUUGCAGUGAGUGUCAGCAAGGCAAUUGCAGUGACAAGCUAUGUGAUUGUGGAUUUACAUGCCUUAAUGAUGGCACCAUCAAUACUACCGACUGCACCUGCAAGUGUCUUAAUGACUUCUUCCUGGAGCCUGUUUGCCGAUUGAAGUGCAAGGAGCAAGAACAAGAAUACUGCAGGCCUGGAAUUGGCUAUUCUUCAAGUUCGUGCGAAAUCGUUUUGAAUAAUUGCCCAGUUCGAUGUCGUCUUUGCCCUUAUGCUGAAGAUGGUUACUCAGGUUCAGAAGCCGAUACUGCCAAAUCAACUGCAAGAUCAACAUCCCCAGCAUGCUCUUGCUGGUCGCUGUUAUUACUGAAAGUAUUGGUUGUAAUUUUUUGCAAGAACUUCACUUAGCCAGCAAUAUCUGCACUCUAGCUUUUUUGGACUUCUUUUACUUAGUUUUUGCAGCGGCAAAAAUGUGCUUUUCAAAAUAAAUCUCUCUGUACCAUUUAGCAGGCCAACAUAUUUCAACUCUGCUUUGUACUAAAGAUCACCCUUAAACAGAUCUUCCUUAUUUUGUGUAUGAGUCACUUACCUGCUUUCAGAAUUGAUAGCAUCAUUUGUUUUGAUUUGUUUUCUAUCAAAAAUAUUAGUAGCUUCAUAAAGGAAAACAGGCAAUCACUGGCCAAAGUGGUUAAAUUGCAACUAACACAUCUUCGGUUUUAAGCUGCCAAAAAUGCCCAUGACAAUUUUACACAGCUGAUUGUAUAAUCUAUUUGUAAGGAUAACUCACAAAGUAUAAUUGUUAACACAAUAUGAAUCAAUUUUAAAGCAUCAGUUUUAGUCCUGGUGCACUGUAUACUGUAUAUGAAAAGAUAUUUUUCAAGUUUACCCUUGGCAUAAGCAUUAUACCGAACAGAGACACUUUUCGUGUACUGGAUUAAUGAAAUUUAACAUUCUAUUGUUUAUUAUCACAUGUAUAGAAUAAUAAAACAACAUGGGCACAAAUAA